AUGGCAGUUUCGACAAAUAAUGCAGAUGCUUUGCGUACGGCUGGUUUUCGUCUUUGUCGAUUAUAUGGAUGGUCAAAUUAUAAUGGAUUGGGUUUCAGUGUCCAAGCUGCACCGCAACCACCUCACCUUAUUCGAUCGAUUAAAUCCAAUAGUCCAGCAGCUGCUGGCGGACUUAAAAUUCGUGAUGUUCUUCUUGGUAUUAAUAAUCAAGAUGUAUCUGAAAUUAAAUAUAGUGAUUUAACAAAAAUGAUUAAAGAUGCAUCAGAUAAUGAUAAUAAUAACAAUGGUAUUGAACUACUUGUUGUUCAACAAAUGUAUUAUAAAUCAUUAAAAAAGAAAGGUGUUUCAUUUGAUUCGAAACUAGCUGAAAGAUUUGAAACACCAAAAACAAUGCCAUCCGAUUAUAUAACUUUUCCUAAACAUACACCACGUACAUGUGAAAUACAUUUAUCUACAAUUGAUGAAUCAUUUGGUAUUGAAAUUAUCGAAGGAGAACAUGAUAUCGGAUUAUAUAUACAAGAAGUUGAAGUAAAUUCACCGGCUUAUAGAACUUCAUUACGUAAAAGUGAUCGAAUUAUUGAAAUUGAUGAUAAAUUUAUUAAUAAUGAAUCAAGUGAAAUGAUCAUAAGAAAAUUAUACAAAGCUAAAUUAAAACGUAUCGUGAAAUUAUAUGUUGUUGAUACAAAUACGUAUAAAUAUUUUCAAGAAAAUAAUAUACCUUUAUCAUCGAAAGAAUAUUCACAAAGCGCAUUUGCAAAGAAAUUAUCAAUUAAUUCAUAUAUCAAUCAAUAUGAAAGUUUAUGUUAA